CCCACGCCCACCUCGCCGCCUUUGCGCUCGGCAGCGGCGCGCCCGGCUUGCCGUCCCCACCAGUCCUGCGGGAAGAUGGUCAACGACCGUUGGAAGACCAUGGGUGGCGCUUCCCAACUUGAGGACCCACCGCGCGACAAGCCGCAGCGGCCCAGCUGCAGCUACCUGCUGUGCACGGUCCUGCUGGCCCUGGCCGUGCUGCUGGCCGUGGCUGUCACCGGCGCCAUCCUCUUCCUGAACCAUGCCCACACACCAGGCACGGCGCCACCACCCGUGGUCAGCUCGGGGCCGGCAGGGGCCAACGGCGCCCUGGUUACAGUGGAGAGGGCUGACAGUUCACACCUCAGCAUCCUCAUCGACCCACGCUGCCCCGACCUCGCCGACGGCUUCGCCCGCCUUGAGGGUGCCCAGGCAUCCGUGCUGCGGGCACUGAGCCAACAUCAGGCCCAGCCGCGGUGGGCUGGUGGGCAGGAGCAAGAGCUGCUGGACACGCUGGCCGAGCAGCUGCCACGGCUGCUGGCCCGGGCUGCGGAGCUGCAGGCUGAGUGUGCGGGGCUGCGCAAGGACCACGGCAACCUGGGCCAGGGGCUCAGCGCCCUGCAGAGCGAGCAGGGCCGCCUCAUCCAGCUCCUCUCUGAAAGCCAAGGCCACAUGGCUCAGCUGGCGACCUCAGUUGGUGACGUCCUGGAUGCCCUGCAGGGGGACGGCGGGCUGGGCCGGCCGCGCGUCAAGGCCGACCUGCAGAGAGCGCCUUCCAAGGGAGCCCGGCCCCGGGGCUGCGCCAACGGCUCUCGGCCCCGGGACUGCCUGGAUGUCCUCCUGAGUGGGCAGCAGGAUGAUGGUGUAUACUCUGUCUUCCCCACGCACUAUCCGGCCGGCUUCCAGGUCUACUGUGACAUGCACACUGAUGGCGGUGGCUGGACGGUGUUUCAGCGCCGGGAAGACGGCUCUGUGAACUUCUUCCGGGGCUGGGAGGCCUACCGGGAUGGCUUCGGCAAGCUCACGGGAGAGCACUGGUUAGGGCUCAAGAGGAUCCACGCCCUGACCACCCAGGCCGCCUACGAGCUGCACGUGGACCUGGAGGACUUUGACAACGGCACGGCCUACGCCCACUAUGAGAGCUUUGGUGUGGGCUUGUUCUCCGUGGACCCUGAGGAGGAUGGAUACCCCCUCACCGUGGCCGGCUACUCGGGCACCGCAGGCGACUCCCUGCUGAAGCACAGCAGCAUGAGGUUCACCACCAAGGACCGUGACAGUGACCACUCGGAAAACAACUGUGCUGCCUUCUACCGCGGCGCCUGGUGGUACCGCAACUGCCACACCUCCAACCUCAACGGGCAGUACCUGCGUGGCGCGCACGCUUCCUACGCCGACGGCAUCGAGUGGUCCUCCUGGACCGGCUGGCAAUACUCGCUCAAGUUCUCCGAGAUGAAGAUCCGGCCGGUCCGGGGAGACCGCUAGCUGGGCGCAGCGUCCAGCCGGUGCGUCCUUGGACCCCGUCCCGCCUUCCUCAUACCUGCUCCCGAGCGUCCUCCACCCCCUGUGCAUGGCUCCCUUGCUCCCGAGGGACACAUACCAGACCAGUCUCACACCGAGUCCCCUAGUUGGGCAAUCAGCAUCAGCUCCUGCUUAUGUGGGCUGUGGCUGUUCACCUGCCCAGAUUGAACUUCCAGCCUUGAAUGUCCAUUGCUUCCUGGCCAGGACCGCUAAUGCCAAACGCUGGACAGUGCUACCAGGAACCCUGGCAAACACCUGGCCUUGUGGGGACCCGGCAAGCAGGACAGGCAGCAACCCAGAGCCCUCGCAGCAGGCGUCUGGGCUGGCCCCUUCUGCCCUCCCAGAACCCGGUCCCCUCCCUCGGCCUGGAGCUGG